AUGUCCACCUCCGAACUACAUCCUCCACCAAAUCCCUAUGUCAAUAAUAAUGAUCCAAAUGGAGAUGAUGUAAACAAUAUAAACAAUAUCAACAUUCCGAUCAAUCAAAAUAGAAAAUCUUAUCAAGUUCGUGCAUUGGCUAGAAAAACAGUUUCGUAUCAAAAAAGACAAAAGUAUACAAAUAUCUUUUGUAUUACACUUUGCCCCAUGCUUAUGGUGGCUAUUGCUGGUAUAAUGGGUAUUGUUAUUCAAGGGCUUAUCGAUAAUGCAAAUUCACCAGACGAAUUCCUCUUAUGUUCCCGAUUGAAUGCAAAAGAUAAAUUUGGAUUUCCAUUCGAACAAAAUUCAAAAGAUUUGCCAACGACACCGGCAUCUGAAAUACCAAAUAGUAGCGGUAAAUCCAAGGAAAUUAAAAAUGUAAAUUUCUUUUUACCUCCUGCCGGUGAUAGAGCAUUUUCUACACCAGGGUCACCACAAGGAUGUGUAUUUGCAUUCGGACAUGAUUAUGAAUUUCGUGAGAAUCCAUAUGAGCCAAAACCAUUGGUCAAAGAUUCUAUAAGAAAAGAUACAACGUAUCAACCAGAUCCGGAGUCUGGAUGGUUUGGGAAGUCAUCUUUGCCAUUAUCAUUCUUUUUAGGUCGAUUUCAAACAUUCCCGUGGGCUUUUAUUAGAGAUGCUGAUGAUGUAGUUUCCGGUACCAAACCCAAACUUGCUCCCGUGUCAAGUGUUGAUGAAUUUUAUCCUGACAAUACGUUAUUAUCGCAGUCUAGCGGAUUGCUUGGCCAAAUUGAUACAAAUUAUUACGCAAAUAUUACACUGGGUCUUUUUGGGGUUAAAGUAUCCUCAUUUCAACCCGUGCCUUUCUUUGAUAAAAAACCAGGAACAGUUGAAGAUUUCGAUAAUUUAAUAUCGGACAGCAUAAGAGAAAUCAUCAAUGAUCUAGCUUUAGUUGAUAAAAAUAUUUUAUUUGAUGAUGAUGUUUCACAGGAAGAUUUAUUACGUUUUCAGGUUGAAAUUUCAAAUAUUAUAACUAAAAUGCCUUUCGGAAGUAUUUUGUUUGAUAAAAUUGAUCCUCUGCUAAAACAAUGGGAUUACACUUUACAAAUCGGUGAUGAUAUUAGGAUUAGUAAAGCUGCUACUUUUCCUAGUCAAGGAUUUCGUCGAAUGGUCCAACAAAGUCAAUUAUCUAAUGCGUUUAUAAAGACCGUGAAUCAUACGGGUUUAGCUGAUGCAAUCGAAAAUGUAAAAAUCACUCCCACUUAUAGAAUUAUGCCAUAUCUAUUAUCUACUGCUAUUGACAUACCUAUUGGUACUUUUGUUGGUGACGUUCUUUACCCAUUCGGUAUUUCAUUCCUAUUGCCUAUCUUCGUGAUCACCCUUGUUAAAGAAAAAGAAGAACGUAUCUUAGUCAUGAUGAAAAUGAAUGGAUUGAAAAGUUUCGCUUAUUAUUUGACUCAUUACAUUCAUUUUUAUACGUUACAUAUCAUCACUUCUAUUAUAUUUGUGAUAACUGGAUUAUUAUUUCGUAUGGAGAUUUUCACUAAAACUCAACCAUCAGUAUAUAUAAUUCUUUUGUUCAUUUGGGGUCACGUACAAAUCGCGUUGGCGUUCUUAUUUGCAUGUUUCUUUAGUAAAGGUAGAACCGCUUUAAUCGUUACUUUUCUAAUGGUGUUAUGUGGUGUUCUCGUCAGUUUGGCCACUGCAUCAUUAUUUCGAGGUCGAGAAGGUGCUUCCACAACUUAUUUCUUUUGGCCACCAUUUGCUUUUUACCGGGCAUUAUCAUUGAUUAACAUAGCUAGUGUGCAACGUGAUAGAAAACCCUAUACAUUAAGUGAUUUAACAUGGGGUAAUGAAGUAUUAAGUGCCAUUAUCUCCUUGGUGAUAGAAUAUUUCAUCAUAUUAUCAUUGUCGACUUACUUAACCAAAGUGUUACCGUCAGAAUACGGUGUACGUAAACCAUGGCACUUUAUAUUUACCGAUUGGUAUACUAAAAGGCAAAUUAAAAAGAAAAUGCAAGAAACCGAACAACAAAAAGAUGCUGCACUUGAAAGAGGUUUAAUUGUAGGUGAGAAAAAAUUCAAAGAAAUUGAUCAAGAUGAAAUCAUGUUCGAAGAUGAUGAUGUUAAAGAGGAAAGAAGGCGCGUAUUAGAGAAUAGAUGUAACAAAGAUUCUCCUUUGAUCGUAAAACGUAUGAGAAAAGUUUAUCCUUCUGGAAAAUUAGCCGUUAAAGAUGUUACUUUGAGCGUUGAUAAAAAUUUGAUUUUUGGAUUACUUGGUCCUAACGGUGCAGGCAAAACAACUUUAAUUUCGAUCCUUACCGGUUUGUAUGAACCAAGUUCGGGAAGUGCAAAGAUUAACGACUAUGAUUUAGAUACACAAAUGGGUGAUGUAUACAGAAGCAUCGGAAUAUGCCCACAGCAUGAUAUCUUGUGGGAUGAUUUAACGGUUCUUGAACACUGCCUUUUCUAUGCUCGUAUCAAGGGUAUACCGGCCAAGGAUGAAUUAACCGCAGCUAACCAAGCUUUAAAACAAGUUCGAUUGGAAGGUUAUGCGGAUCGCUUAUCCAAGGGUCUUAGUGGUGGUGAAAAACGUCGUCUUUCUAUUGCCAUUUCAUUGAUUGGUAAUCCCGUCGUUGUAUUUUUGGAUGAACCUACUACCGGUUUAGAUCCUGAAGUGAGAAGAUUGAUUUGGAAUAUUGUUAAUGAGGCAAAGAAAGGGAGAACUAUCGUUUUGACCACCCAUAGUAUGGAAGAAGCCGAAGUUUUGUGCAACAGAAUAGGUAUUAUGGCAAAGGGAACCCUUAGAUGUAUCGGACCUCAGUUGAGGUUAAAAGAAGCUUAUGGCAGAGGAUUCAAAUUAAAUUUCAGUUGUAAACCUAAAAGUGUCAAUAUAGCCACGAAAUAUAUUGAAUCAUUAUUACCGCCAACUGCCACAAAAUUAGAUUCUUUUACUACUAAUUUCUCUUAUGAAUUCGAGCCUCAACCUGGACUUAUUGCCAAACUAUUUGAAGAAAUUGAAAAACAUAAAGUAAAGUACGAUAUUGAUGAUUGGGGUCUAAGUCAAACCAGUUUGGAAGAGGUUUUCUUGCGAAUAAUUGGCGAGGCCGAUGCUGAAGCCGAUUAA